AAAUUAAUGAAAAAUGGCGUCAGCUGCAAGGAUUGUUGGAAUCUUUGUUUUGUUUUUUAUUACCUUCCUCAUCGGUCUCAUACCGUUUGCAUUAUUAAGAUUGUUUGAGAAGAAACUAUCGAAGGAAAAAGUGAAAAGGUGGAUUGGAAUUUUAAACUGUUUUACAGGGGGAAUAUUUUUUGGGACAGCCAUUUUGCAUUUGCUGCCAGAGGCUAGAACACUUAUAAAGGAGGUCAUCUCUUAUGAUUAUCCGGUCACAGAGGCUAUAACCGGAGGUGGAUUCUUAAUUACGCUAACUCUGGAACAUCUCAUCAGUUACCAUGGUUUAUCCCAUGUCGGCCAUUUACACGACAAUGGACAUGAGAACAAAAUAGACCUAAACGAAGACGCUGCGACGAAGAGGGAAAAUGAAAUCAACGGAAAGUCCCUCGACAAAUCAAAAGAAGCAGCAGAGUCUGUCAAGGUGGAAGUCGAACAACCUAACUUUAAAUUUCUAGCUUUUCGGUCAUUUCUUCUAUUGUUAGCUCUGUCAUUUCACAUGAUAUUUGAGGGUUUGGCCGUCGGACUCCAGACCGAGGAGGAGGAUGCCUGGAUUUUACUGGGGGUUCUCUCCCUCCACAAAGUCGCUGUCGCAUUCAGUGUCGGAUUUCAGCUGGAAGAAAAUUUGAAAAAGUUUAAGUUUGUGCUGUUGUCAUUGUUUCUUCUAUCCAUUGUUGCGCCAAUCGGGGUCGUUAUUGGCUACAUCGUGACGGAAGUGGGAGAAGAUGCGCAUGGGCAGGACAUUGCUUCGGGAGUUUUGCAGAGCAUCUCUGUCGGUUGUUUUCUUUACGUAACUUUCUUUGAAAUCCUUAGUAAUGAAAUACACAUCACCAAGGAAAGGAGUCAUUUAAAAGUCUUGUUUACUGUCAUUGGAUAUUUAGUUGUCAUUGGUAUCCAGUUCGUCAAGCAUGACCAUGAAGGUCAUGACGACCAUUAGACAAGGGUUAGGUCGUCCGACAAGAGACGUUACAAUCAAACAAUGAUUGGACUAUAUUGUUUUGACGUGAUUUGUAAAGAUUACUACAAUUGAUUCACCUGUAUAUUUAUAAUUGUAUAUCAUUUACAAAUGUAUCUCACAUCAUUA